AUGGCGGAGUCUGGGAGCGAUCAAAGCGUUAAGCAGGCCGCGAGUAGCAUUUCGCGCAUCAUUGUCGUUGGUGCUGGCCCUUCUGGCCUUUUGCUGGCACUGCUUCUUGCAAGAAAUGGUAUCAAUGUCGAGAUUCUUGACGCUGGCGAUACGGUCGACGAGCAACCCCGAGCGGCGCAUUAUGCGCCUCCUGCAGUGGCCGAGUUACGACGGGCAGGCGUGAUUGAAGAUAUCAUCGCGGCGGGGUACAAACCCCGAGACUUCACAUGGCGGAAACCGGACGGCAGCCCGAUAGCGAGUAUGUUCUUCGAUAUUCUGGAUCCUGACUUCGCAGAUCGGAUGGUGGUCCUACCUCUGAACCGACUUUGCAACAUCAUUUACGCGCAUCUCCAAACCCAGUCGACCGUAAGGGUGAAAUGGCGCCACCGGGUUGUCGACAUCGGUCAGAACGAGGCCCAAGCGUGGGUGUUCGUCGAGACUCCUACAGGACGCCAGAGAUACGAAGCAGACUAUGUCAUCGGUUGUGAUGGAGCCAACAGUCAGAUUAGGCGCUCGCUGUUUGGUGAUCUCAACUUCCCAGGUGAGGCACUUAAUGCUCAGAUCGUUGCCACGAAUGUCUACUAUGAUUUCACCCAAUUCGGCUAUUCGGACACAAAUUACAUUCUACAUCCUACCAACUGGCACAUGGUAGCAAAGAUUACACCUGAUGGAUUAUACCGGGUUAGCUACGCUGAAGUUCCUGGUCUCACCGCAGAAGAAUACCAAAGGAGGCAACCUGAGAGGUUUCAAGAAAUCCUGCCAGGUAGUCCCAAGCCGAACGAGUACAAGAUCACCAACAUCAGUCCGUACAAGAUGCAGCAGCGAUGUGCUCCGAGCUUUCGAGUCGGCAGGUUCCUUCUUGCUGCAGAUGCGGCACAUCUGUGCAACCCAUUCGGAGGCUUGGGGCUCACUGGCGGGAUUGCCGAUGUAGGGAGUCUGUUUGACUGUCUCAUUGGCAUUCACACAGGCCUAGCCAGUGACAGUAUUCUGGACAAAUACAGUGAAGUCCGUCGCCAGAUCUAUUUUGAUAUCAUCGACCCUUCAUCUCGAGAAAACUUUCGACGCCUCCAUGCUCAAGAUCCCGAAACGGCUGCAGGACGUGACCCGCUAUUUGUCAUGUGUCGUAAGGCUGAGACGGAUCGGGAGCUGGGUCGUGAAUUGGCGCUGGGACUCAAUAUCCUUCGUCACGAUUUUACCAAGUAUUACACAAGCCAUUGA